GGAGGGGGCGGGGGCGGGAAAAGGCAGCUAGCUUGUGUUAUGCCAAAUUUUUGCAUUUUCUCUACUUCUACUACGGCCACUUCUUCGAGACAUCAUUUUUCAUGGCGUAUCGAUUUUUUUAGUUGAUUGCUCUGCUUUCAAACUAACAUGAAAUCUUUCAUCUAGGUUUUGUCUUAAAAUCAAGAGUAUUUUCUAUGUGAACGAGUUGUCAAAACGUGAUCUGUCGCCAUCUCAUAUCAAACCAUUUUUUACACGUCUCCUAAUACACGGCCAACAAUCCAUCACUUCUGUCAUCGCGGCUAAAAAAUAAUAAGAAAACAACUGAUAUUCGGUUUAAUUAGACUGAGUACACCCGAUGUGGAGUUACCACGAUAUCUCAGGUCUAAUAAAGGUAUGCUGUCAGUUUUCACCAGUAAGUUGUUUUACAUACGUCGUCUUCUGUAAAGGCUAAAAAAAAACUCACUUCCUAAAGCUCAUAAGCAUAUGCCAAUGUUUCAGUGUUGCCUUGAAAACAGACUUCAAAACAUGUACACUCUUAAAGGCACUUUCACUGCACUCCAACGAAGUUGACAUAAAGCAAUGUUUGGAUAUGUGCCGGGGAUUUUUGGAUGUUCAAGGCUGAGUAUAUUCAAUGACACUUGGUUACUUCAAUAUCCACUCGCAGGGAGGUCUGACAAUGAAAAUUUCGUUUUGGUCCAUAGAUAAGAGAGUAUUGAUGUAGGCUGGAAAGAUCUCCAUUCUAUCACGUAGUGGCAAUACACUUUCAUGAAGUACAGCGGAAGGAAAGACAACACCCUGGAUAUCAUGGCGUUCUCCCUCAUUAUUGUUUCUGUAAGCCUAGCAUUCACCGUCGCUGUAUCACCGAAGGCAACCACAAAAUCUGGUGAAACACCGUCCGAAGCUCAAUGUAACUUGCCUCUUGGGAUUUCAUCGGGAAAGUUCGCCAUGGACAACUUCCUUACGUACUCGUUUCAUGAUUACGAGACACUCCCUAUCGAGGCAAAACUGAACAGCUCUGGCGGCUACAGGGCUAAAGAACACGACCCUAUCGAUUACAAGUUUGUCAGGGUAAAAUUCGACAAUGAGACAGUAGUAACAGGGGUCGCAACCCAAGGAUUUGGGGAUCCGGAGAUCAAAGAGUGGGUCACUGAGUACUGGGUCAAAUUCACUCGCCAAAGGAGCGGAGACGAAGAGGCUGAGGGUUACAUCUUUGGCAGAAAUGGAAGGCCUAAGGGGUUUCAAGGGAACACCGACUCGAAUACAAUUGUCAGACACAACUUUGAAGCUGAAAACGUGAAGACGGUCUCCAUCGUGCCGCUAGCAAACCACAACAACGUCGCCUUCAGAUUUGAACUAUAUGGAUGCACAAUGAAAAGGUCCGUGGUGUUACACUUCCGGUGGACAAAUCAAAGCUGCACGUUGGAAAUGCUGAUCGACAAAAAAUCCGAAGGGUUUAAAAACAUUGAAGCGAAACUUGCGAACGAGGCACAACAAAUAAGCAAGCUUCCUGGAGUGCAAGUUGUUAAACUUGAGCAACUGAGACCUGGAAGUCUGAUUGUUGAGUUCAAAGUUGGAGUGCAAGAUUCACAAGCCAAGCUGAUGAUUGCAAAGGCCAAAAAUCUGCUCAAAACCUCCACUAAAUUUGACCAUAACUACUUUGCGGCAAAAGAUCCUCAAGGCAAAUCAUGCAAAAUACCAAACAUUUCAUUGGGAAGCCUUUCUCGCAACCCCACGUCUACUCAAACAAUCCACCGUUCAUCUUCCUACACAGUAAGAGCAAAUAUUAGCAGUCAGAUUGAAGGAAAGGCCCACAUUACAUGGAAAAUGGCAAAAUUACGCAACUCAAACAAGGGAGAAUUGGGCAGAAAAAGUACAUUCAAAUCUACAAGAAUUGCCAUGGAAGAUGUUUAUCUCAUAAAUACAACAGUUAUACAGAAAGAAAUUUUAAAUCACACGCUUGAGUAUGGUGUCUACUAUAUAGAAUUGAUGGCAGUAAUGAAAAAUGCAAUAGAUUGUAUAAACCACGAUUAUGGAUUUCUGCGAAUCAAGGAGUCACCUCUUCAAGCAUUCAUAUCUACAGACCCUCCUCUGGAUAGUAUUCUUAAAGGGUACCACAGAGAUCUUAAGCUGGAUGCCUCAAGCUCUUUUGACCCAGAUGUUCCAAAGGCUAACAAGAGUGGCAUGAGUUAUACAUGGCUCUGUGCAAGAAAGGGUGAGCGCUUUGGAAACAUUGCGUUGCUCCCAAUUGUCACGCCACAAGUAGAUAGCAAAGAUUCGGAUGGGAGAGGCGGGUGUUAUGGUACAGGCCCUGGAAAGCUGAAAUAUACAGGGCCCAAUGCAGUGUUGUUCCUGGAUCAAAUGGAGCCCAAAAGUUAUCUGAUCAAACUGAUUUUGGGAAAAGACGAGCGAGAGGAAAAUGUUUCAUUCGAGUUUGAACUGAAAUCUUCAAAUGGCUUUGUUCUAGACAUAAGAUGCAAGAGAAAUUGCAAACAGAAAGUAAAUCCCACGGAAAAAAUGGUUUUCGAAGGUGCCUGUAACGGUGAGGCCUGUAGGCAAGUCAAAACUAAAUUUCGAUGGUCGCUUUAUCGAAAGAGGGAUGAUGGAACAUUCCAGUCAGUCGAUAUCAGAAACAACGAAGACCUGGCUCAUCUGGAAAUCCAUGGAAAUGAGUUAGCAGAAGGCGCUUCGUAUAUACUAGAACUUCACGGAAAUUUAACUGAAAAAAUCAAAAGUGCUGAAACUCACAGUUUCAUCACAAAUGAGUCUCCCAGUGGAGGAAAUUGCACCGUUGAUAAAUCUGAAGGGAUAGUUUUGGCGACGAAUUUUACAUUUUCGUGUUCUGGUUGGCUAGACAAAGACAAAGACCUCAUCUAUCAGUUUGGCUACACGUCCAGUAGCGGAGCUUAUGAAAUUCUUCAGCAGAGCUCCAAGAGAUUUUUGAGGACCAAUAAACUUCCCCUCGGUGACUCAAAAAAGGAAAAUAUUGUUCAAGUGGACAUUUACGUCAAGGAUAAAUGGGGAGGAUUUGGAGUCCAAAGUGUUGAAGUCAAGGUUCUCCCGAGCCACACUAUAAACGCGACCACUCUGUACCAAUACACUGUGGGAAAUGAAAGCGAGAUCGCCAAGCUGUUAAAAAAUAAAGAUGGAGGCAAGAACGCCAUGCGAUUAGCAAACACUUUGUUAUCUGUGAUGUCUGAAACUUCAGAGGAGGAAUUGAAAACCGAGGAAAAAAUGAAGUUCAAGGACGAGAUGAUCAAACAUUCAUCAAAGGUUAAAGUUGAUGACCUUCAGGGACUGAUUCUCGUGACCUCUGUAGUGGCCAGUGCGACUGAUAAAAGCGAAGAGCUCUCAGAAGAAUCCCAGUGGACCUCCGUCGACGUUCUGGAAAACAUGGCGAACAAGUUUCAAAACCUCACCGGCAAGACAAGCGAAAAAGAUCCAAAUGGUAUGAAAAAGGCGGGAAAUAAUUUACUACUUGGAAUUGGGAAUGUGCUCGAUGCGUCUGUUGCAAAACCUGAGACUCCAGAACUGGGUAAAACUGAGCAAGAGAAAACGGUGGAAGAAGAAAAAGUUAACGUGACAAAGACAAAAGUCCUGGCCCAAAAAGCAUGGACCCUGAUCAGCAAGGUCGGGGACAGCAUGUUAUCGUCGCAAGAGGUUGGUGACGAGCCUCUUGAAAUGGAGACCAAGGCAAUAUCCAUGAGGUUAGACAGACAGCUUCCAAGUGCAAUCAGCGACAAACCCGCCAAAAUAAAUGGCAGCAAAGUGACAUUCCCACCCCCUGAGAAGUUGUUGGGCUCAAAGGCAAUGGGCAUGGCGCACGUGGACACACAGAUGCUUUCUAUGAAACAUAACCCCUUCUCGUGGGACAAAAGCGCCAGUCGUGUGAAGUCAGCCGUAAUCAGCAUUGACUUGAAGGACGAGAAAGGAGAGCUAUUAGACGUGUCGGGUCUGUCUCAAGAGAUCGAGCUUAACAUCAAAUCCGAUCGACCACAGGACGACCAAAGUCCCGUGAGCUCGUUCGUAAAACCGAGUAUCAAUGGCAGCAUGACAUAUCACCGAGUAGUGAUUUCCUCAGACGAAAUGACGCUAAGCGUGAAAAUUGUUCCGUCCAAUGGAACAAGGCAACAAGUAUACUUUCGCCAUCUUAAGCGGCCAACGAUUGAGACCUACGAUUUCAUGGCUGAAGUCCCGGAUUUUUCGUCUUGCAAAAAGCGCGCGAAAAAAUUUGAAGAUGCUUCGCACACCGCAAUGUAUGAUGGAUACUUCAACUGCACCAAGGAUCCACAUUUGCUAACGCUUUCUAGUGACGUCACGGGCCAUAUUGGCUUGCAUUAUAUCGGAAUUCGAUUGCCUGGCUCGAGCAAGGAUUCCGGGAAAAAGAAACGAAGACGAAGAUCCUGCUCAGAAAACGGAAGACAGAAAAGGUCUGAAAUAUGCGUGGAAUUUAAGGAUCCCCCAACCACCCCUCCCCCAACACCAAGGAUGGAUAUCCCUGUUUUUGAUCCCAGCACUGAUGUGAACUACACUUUGUCCAUCUCCAUGGGAGCCUGUUUGUAUUGGUCAGAGAGUAAAGAGAAAUGGACAUCUGAGGGUUGUAGGGUUGGCCCAGAUUCAGCCAAUGGCUCUAUCCAGUGCCUCUGCACCCAUCUCUCCGCGUUUGGAGGCGACUUCUUAGUCGCUCCGAAUCCCAUCGACUUUGAUCAAGUGUGGGACGCCUUCAGUAACAUCUUGGAGACCAAGAACUUUGUGGUCCUUGCCACUGUGUGUGCGAUGCUCGGUUUAUACAUAAUCGCGGUGGUUUUUGCUCGAAGAGCGGACAGAAGUGACAAGCAAAAGGUGACACAAGUGAUUCCGUUGGGAGAUGCGAACACCAGUAACCAUUGCUACGAGCUGUCGAUCUACACUGGCUUGUGGCGACGAUGCGGUACGUCGGCUAAUGUCGCCAUAGUGAUUUACGGAGAUGAUCGAGACACUGACGUCAUUCCUCUGAACUGCAGCACCAUGUGCAACAAGAAGCUCUUUGCUCGAGGAAGCGUCAACACCUUCAUUUUGUCGCUAAAGGAGUCGUUGGGCGACCUAUCGCACAUCAAAAUCUGGCAUGACAAUUCUGGCGACAACCCCCAAUGGUUCAUCAGCAAAAUCGUCAUACGGGAUCCCAAGACCGACACCACGUGGUACUUUGUGUGCAACCGCUGGCUGGCAGCCGAGAGGGAGGAUGGUAAGAUCGAGCGCGUCCUAUAUGUGUCGUCACACGAAGAAAUCAACAGUUUUAGAAACAAGUUUUACAGCAGAGCGUCCACGGGGUUUGGUGACGGGCAUAUCUGGCUUUCAGUGGUUACCAGACCUCCAACGAGUCCGUUCACGCGCGUCCAACGUGUGUCGUGUUGCUUGUCCGUAUUGAUGUCAGUAAUGGUCACUAACGCGAUGUUUUAUCAAUUCGGUGCCGAGGACACCAGUGGCUCUUUUCAGCUCGGUCCUCUGGUGCUGAGCUGGCAACAGAUCAUUAUCGGUAUGCAAAGUGCUGUGCUAGUGGUUCCGGUAAACGUGUUGAUCGUGUUCAUAUUCCGUAACAGCAGAUCCAAACGCGAGGUCACGCAAGCUUAUAACACAAACAGUGACAGCCUCACGCAAGAGCAAGAAGUGUCACGCAAAUCAGGCUACGUUCUGCCUCGGUUCUUUGUGUAUGUUGGCUGGGCUCUGUGUAUUUUGACCUCGCUGACUUCAGCUGCCUUCACCGUUUUCUACAGCAUGAUGUGGGGCACUGAAGUGUCCAAUAAAUGGCUCACCUCCAUUCUGGUCUCCUUCACUCAAGACGUGUUAUUUAUUCAGCCAAUCAAAGUGGUAAUCGUGGCUUCACUGUUAGCGUUUAUCAUCAAAAAGGCGCCAGAGGAUGACAGUGUUAAAGGCCAACUCAAGUCUGUGGCGCAUUCUAAAGUAAAGGGUGAAUCUCACAAGCCACUCAAACCAGACAAACAACAACUGGAGCGUUUUAGAGAGUAUCGCUUGAGAGUCCUGAUCAUGGCACGAAUACUCGUCGAGCUCGCAUUCUACCUUCUCUUUGCCUGGGCGCUAAUGGUUAUAUGCUACGGCAGGAGAGAUACCGGGCACUACUGGAUGACAAAUGGCAUUGACGAACUGUUGCCCAAAUUUCACAAGAUUCACAACGCUGAUACAUUCUGGGCCUGGACAAAGAGAUACCUGGUUCCUGCCAUGUAUGAAGUUAAGUGGUACAAUGGACAAGCAUUUGAGUAUAAAGAUGGAUUCAUAUCGGACUUGUCGGGCUACCUGGUCGGCAUGCCUCGCCUCAGACAACUCAGAGUUAAAGCAGGUCCAUGCCCAAUUGCACCUCGAUUUCCUGAGUUUAGAGCAACAUUGCGCCCCUGCCUUCCGCCUUACAGCAUGACUGACGAAGACCAGACACGCUAUAGCAUGCCGAAAUGGCGCCAAAUUCCAGCCAACGAAACGGCGCUAUUGUCAGAAUUCGCGCUGCGCGAGAUGUGCCCGAGACCUUGGCGUUAUAAGAAGUCGGACGAGCUUCACAACCUUCCUCAACAGGGCUUGAGGGGGCUCUAUGGCGGAGGAGGCUUCGUGGCUGAUCUAGGCUACACAAAGUCAUCAGCAUUAAGGGUCAUACACAACCUGCAGAACAACUCCUGGAUUGACGAGAGAACGCGGGCCGUGUUUGUCGAGUUUAUGAUUUUUGACUCGUCGACAGAUCUCUUUAGCGCUGCAUCGUACAUCUUUGAGGCUCUGCCCCUGGGCGGGGCUACCACAUUCAAGAGAAUCAACACCAUGUCAUUGUACGGAGCCAGGUCAACUGGGACGCGUUCUAUAAGCGCGGUUUGCGAGCUGAUAGUCCUACUAAUGGUCUUCUACUUCAUUGUAGCCGAAGCAAUUAAAAUCUGGAAGGAAAAGUGUAAAUACUUCAAGUCUGCGUGGGCCUAUGUGGAAAUGGCGCAAAUUCUAGCGGCAACAGCCACAGUCGUGUUAUCGAUCUUCCGAAGGUAUCACACAACAAAGCUAGUGAACAGAAUUCACAAAAACCCCUUUGAAACAUCAAGCUUUCACUACGCAGUGCUGUGGUCAGAUCUUGAAAACGCGCUUAUGGCCAUUCUGGUGUUUAUUUUAACCGUAAAAGUCCUUAAGAUCCUCAAGUUCAACGAACACAUUUCUAGCUUAGCAGCAAGCAUGGCACGUUGCCGAACAAAAAUCAUCUCUUACUCGGCGGUUUUCAUGGUGGCAUUCUUGGCUUUCAUGCAGAUUGCGCUUCUCGUCUUCGGAAGCACCACGAAGGCGUACUCGAGCGUCUCCGAAGUCUUCCGAACACAGUUCGGAAUGUUCAUCGGGGGAGAUACGAACUAUCACGAGCUUAAGGACGCCAAUCGGAUUAUUGGACCCAUCUACUUCCUUCUGUUUAUGACAGCCAUGGCAUGCAUAUUAAUAAAUAUGUUUCUGGCCAUCUUGAACGAGUCUUACAGAGAGGUGAGAAUUUAUCCAGAUCGUGACACAGAGGAGUACAAAAUGUUGGAAGUGUUUGUCGAUUAUGCCAAGAAUGCAAUGGGUAAAAGGCUAGACUCGUGGAGAAACGCCAAAUUCUUUCCUAAGAGAAACAGCUACAGCGUUGAGACUCAACAAGAAAAAUCCAAAACAGAACUUGAAGAAACCCACAAGUACACAGCAGUGUCGUGGAGUACCUACGAUUUAAUCUGCCAGAAACAUCUGGACAACAACGACGCAGCUAUCGAGACGUCGUUUUUCAAAGACAUUCGAAGGCACUUAAGAAAUAUCAGCAACGAACUGAGGGAAAUUUCUGUCGUGCAUCGCUCGGGGAAAUACAAAGUCCACGAUGUGCAGAAGAAUUUUGAAAACGAGGCAGAAAGAGCCUGCACCGACUUACGGACACCUUGUAAAGGACUCGGCUUGGAGAAAAUGUCCAGCAAAUGUAGUUUAUUUAGUUUGAGCGAAAGCACGAUGUACCUAGACAGACGGAAGGGCCGAGAUUCCAUCAGAAGGUUGCUCAACAACGAUGACAACUCAGACGAGGAAGAUGGCGAUUGGGAUGACCAGACAUCUUAUGCGGAGUCCAUGAGAACUUUUUUCGGGAACUCUCGAUCUGGGAACGUUUAUGACCCAGAAAGAGAACCUUUCAAUGAGUCAGACGAUUGGUCUUUGGAUCGAGAAAGCUAUAUCUAGAGUUGAAAGGGCGAGAGAUCGAUUGUACAUACAUACAGCAUACAUUAGUUCAUAGGACACUUCCUCCAAGCGGACAGAAGAUCGCGAUCGACUCUGUUGAUAGUUAAUUAAUUAUAUUUGAUUGUAUUUCAAUAGAACCCUACUAUUCGAACCAAACUGCAGUGCUGCUGUUUAGGGGUGAACGGUCGUUAAUUUCAUUCAAGCACUAAAAUUAUUGUCAGCCAACGUGAGAAGAGAUACCGACAUGACUGGUUCGGUGUUUCGGCGAAUCAUAAAUUUUCACAAGUAUUUUUGGAGAAAGUUUGACGAGGAAUAUUUUUGAGAGGAUCUAUGGUUAGGUUGGAGAGGGGGAGGGAGGGAGGAAGAUUUGUGAGCACGGCUAUUUAAAGAGGGGGAUGUUGACUGUUGGUUCGAUUUAAACUUCUCGGUCUCUUUUGUUCUCACGCACCUUUCGCUCCCCCCUCCCCCCUGUGGGAGGGGUGGAGCGGAAAGAAGCCACUUUUGCCCUUGCACGAGGGACUCCUCAACUAUUCUCCGCCAUAAAACGCCAACAUUUAUGCAAAUCAUACUCGAACAUUCGCAAGUCGUGUAUACAAUAAAACUUAACAUUCACAGCUAUUCCAGCUUGUCACUCAUAAGCAGCCCAAAGGGCUAUGAGAAAGCGCGCUCUGAUUGGUUCCCUGUUAAUAGGCUAUCGACUCAUAUCCUAUGGAUAAAAACUUGGCGAGAAAAAAAUAAUCAACACAGCGUUUCUCAUAAUCCACGGGCUGCCUGUGUGAUAACACAAUUAUUCCCUUGUAUCCUUUUUCAUAUAAUUGGUUAUUACGUACUCUAGUUUUGUGCAAUAACUGCCGAGUAUUCUUGAACAUGUUAAUAUUUUUGUAUAUUUUUCUUUGACGCUACCAACUUUUUAAAAGAAUAUAUCGAUUCUGCUUUUCUUCACUGAAAACGAAAACAGUGAGAAAAGAUUAAUAGUUUUCGAUGUUUGUUUUGUAAUAGUGCCCUGAAAAUGUGCUGAACGUCAUAGAAAUUUGAUUUAUAUACAGUUGAAUAGUUAAUUAUUUCACAGGGGAAACAGAAACACGGUAAAAUACCAAACUAGUGAAUGGCCGUUUUCGCGGGUUUUGACUGGAUUAUAAAAGUGAGCUAGUUUACUUUACAGAAUUGAAUACCGUAAACUGCCGCUUAUAAGCGCCUCCCCCCCCCCCCCGACCCCCCGAUAUAAGACCCCUCUCUAACUUUCCUUGUUUUAACUUCAUUUUAAUAUUAUGUGUUAAAUCUUAAUUGCUAAAGCUCCUUUUCAAAUGCUCUUUUCAUUCCGGUUAUUAGCCCCCUCAAAUAUAAGCCUCUCCGUUUAUAAGCCCAUUUAAAAACCCUUACGAAGUUGUAUAAGCCCAGAGCUUAUAAGCGGCAGUAUAAAGAGAGUGUUCAAUUGACUUUUUGGAUAUGUUAUAAAACGAUUUUCCUGAAGUAGUCUCGGUUGACGGUAAGAUUUGACGAUAUAAACCUCUAAAGAACAGGAAGGUCAGCAAGCCAAGAUAAAGUUGAAAGCAUGAGGCCAAGAUAUUUUAGAGAUUUGUAAACACACAAUAAAGGACUGUACAUUGAAAAAAAAAAGACAUUUUGUAUCCUCCACACAACUCAUUGCAGAAUUUAAUCUGAGCCAAAAACAGAAAUCACUUGGGUUUUUUUCGUUGCUGUGCUGCACACCAGUCAUUCGCGAGUUCGUUCAUCUGAGCUGAAUAAUUACUCGAGAAACCAUGCAAAUAUUGCAUCUCGAUUCAUAUUUGGUUCUCUUUUCAUGAUCCUCCGGCACUUAAAUACCGGUAUGCCCAUAACAAAGGAGAAAGCUGACAAAACCGUGUAUAAACACGUUGG